UCAAUUGAUAUUGAUAUUAUUAAAAAUUUUCAAAAGUUAUUUUAAAAUGUCAGGACUAAGUCAUGAAUUAUGGUUUUAUUCACAUCCAUGUUUCCCAACUGGAAAACAUGAAAAGUGCAUUUCUGCUGAACAAUGCAAUAUCACAUAAGAUGUUAAAAUAUGAAAAAAAUAUGUAAACAAAUAUUUCAAGUAUGUAACACAUAGGUUCUUCAGGUAAAUGCUUAUAUCCGAAUAAGGUAUUAUAUGACAUUUUUUUCAGUACCGUUGUGUUCCUCUGCUGAACUGUUCCACAUGAACCAAAGAAAAAGAAACAACAAAAAAAGAAUAACAAAUUAAGUAAAUAUGUACAGAGCCCUAGAAGGGACCCGGAGAGGGGAAAAACUGAAAAUUUUAAAAGACAGUUUCAUGUUUCAAAUAUUUAACAGCUAGGUUGUUCAGAAGUUUACUGUAUGGAGUUAAAUUGCAGCCACAUAGUGCUGCAAACAAAUGUGUGUACUGUAAACAAAAACACAUAUACUGCAGACAAAAUCAAUGUAUUAAGAUUUCUUUCUUUGCUGGUUUUUGAAUAUAUAUUUUACUGCAUGUGCGCUGACCUUUGCAAUAUUUUUUUCCCUUUGUGCUACAGUUUUCUUUGCAUUUCACUAUUUUGCCACUUUUUGACAAGGUGUGGGUGGGCAGGGCUUUGUGGGGGGUUUCUGCCCCCUGAUCAACAAUCCAUAUCACCUGCCUGAUUUGUACCUCACAUGUAUGCACAUGCCUAGCAUUUUUGAGCAUGCGUAUAUCACGUUACUUUUUCUGGUACUGACUGAUCUAUUCAUUUUGUCAUUUUAUGUCUACAAUAAAAUCAAUAUUGUAUGUAAAAAUGUAUCGAGUAUAAUAGACAAAUUUGAUACCUCGCUCAACUAUAUUUCCAAUGCAAAGAAUUGCUUCAAUAAUCAUAAUUAGCCAACGAUUUACAUCCCUAGUGUAUAUCGGUUAAUAGCAUUGUAGCACAAGUCAAAUUCAUAGCUGAUACAGCCCAUUAAUAACAGUUGUCUAUUUUACAACUGCAAAGUAAAUUAAUGUUACCACAUCAAAUUUUUAAUAGUUGUAUUACAUUUGACUAGUAUGGUUUGAGAUUUUUUUUCGAAGUAUUUGAAGUAUUUUAAUAGACAAUACACAAUUUAAAUGGAUAAAUUGUAUAUAUUAAUUUUACUACAGCUAGAUGCUGAAAUACAUUAAUUUCUUUUGACAGUAGCUUGUCCUCUGCAUAACACAGUUGACCUAAUGAUUAAAUGAAGUAGUAAAUUUUUGUAGUAAAUUAGCAACAUUCUGAAACAUAUUACCAGUUUGGUUAAUCAUCUGGCAGUUCAUGAACUCAUCUGUUAUUUAAUAGGAUGAGAAAGCCCUGGAUAUUUUCGUUUGAAAACAAAAGUGUUUUCAAGCAGGACACAGACUGUGCCGUUCACUACUGCCAAGUCCCUUUUUUUUUACCCAUCCAUUCCCAUAAUCAUUAGCUAAGUCUGAGGAAUUCCAAGGGAAACAAUUGAAAGUAGUGGUCCAGUUGUUUAAAAAAAAAAAAAGUACGUCUGGAAAUUACUGAUGUCUUGAACAUAGUGCAACACUAUAUAAAUGAACCCCGAUUUAAGCCUGUGUUUCUCUGUGCAUAUUGUGCAAGAGUAUUGACGAUAGUAAUUACUGCAACAGAUACCAGAAUGCAUCAAAACAGAUUAUUUUCGCAUCAUGAUUUAAAGUAUCAUUAUUAAUCGUCUUGCUAACAUAUUUCAUGCCUGAGCUUACCUGUGCUCCAUUUUGUGUUUCGGGGGUAAAAUGGCUGCCAGACAGAGCAAACCAUGUGACUGCAGCUGUGCUUUGUGCUGGAGAAGCCGAAUAACCUGUAAUUGUGAAAUGCCUUCAUUAGUGCAUGAAUGUUUAAGUAAUGGUUAUGCAGACUGUUCGGGAAUAAAUGGCAAGGAUUAUAAUAGUCUACAGAAGAUGAUUAAAUGGUCAGGUCCUCUAAGAUUGCCGGUCCAGGGGUAUAAAAGGAAAAUGGGCUUGAAUCAUUUGAAUUGAUGGCUCUUCUGUUAUCAUUGCAGUGGGUGCGAGAAUGUUGGCCUUGAUCAAGUGGUCUUCAGGCUAUUUGCAUAACCAAUUGACAAAGAAAGCGUUUCAAGUCACACCCCAAAGUACCUAAGGAACGUCUUCUCCAGUAAUUUGAGUGAUUCAUGCAGUUUCACUGUUGACAUACAGUUGGCAUGAAUUGUGAAGACGAGGUUACAGAGAAGGCAGUGCAUUCCUGGUCCAGGUUCACCUCGGCUGGAAAGACUGCACUUUUGGAAGCCUUGAGGGUUUUUAGUCCCAUGUCCAAGGAUCUUCUGGACACUGAGAUACAGCUGGUAUCCUUUCUUCAGGGCCUCAAAGAAGAAGGUCAUAAGCCCACUGUGCUGAAGAGCAAGGAUGUCUAUGGCUACAAUUCCUGCACAGCAGAACCAAUUCCGGAAGCAAAGUUAUCAAAAAUACAGGAACCUUUUAACAAGGUUCCAAAGUUACAAAAAUCUGGUAAGCGACGCAGAAGGAAACCUGGUACCAAGAAGAAAGAAAUUAAUUAUACACUCUUGAGUGCAGCGGCUAAACUCAUUUUGAAGAAUCAACCUAAAAUUCUAUUGACAAACCUCUCAAGAGAGACUUUAAAACGGACAGUCCAUUCCAAGCGACCGGUUUUAAACAUCAGGCCUGUCCAGAUGCCAUGUCUUAAACUGACUAAUAUCAAAGGGCCCUCUAGGGGCCAUACAGCAAAGUUGCAGAUUCAUACAGGAUUAGGGUCUCGAUCAGUUGCUUUGCCCAACUCCCACAGGUUACCUGGACUGUCAGAGAUACCUGUGCAACCACUGGAACAUUCAGCAAAAACUGCUAAAGUGGUAGCUUUGGAGAAAAGAAUGGUUUCCUGCCCAAUAAAGUUGGGAGUGAUGCUGAAACGAGAGACUGUUCCAGCAGUACAUGAGAAUGGUAGGGUCUUGAAGGAAAGCAACAACUACAAACCAGUGCCCAUAAAACGUCGCAGAUCCACUGUGGCUAACAAAAAGCUGGGCUUGAGGGAUAAGGGUGCAGCUCGGGUGCGGAAGAGAAAACGGCAUGAGGAAGCCGAGGACAAGAUGCUGAGGAAGACGGCUAAAAACGGAGUCUGGGUUGUGAAAGGUCAAGAGGAUUCCAGGCUAAACGAGAACAAUCUUAGGUUCAAGGUGAUCAAGGUGGAUGAUUCCAUCACAGAUGAAGAGGUACGAAGAAAAGCCCAGAAGAUUUUGCAAGUUAAUUUGUCGCCCGUUAUUGAAAUUCAACCACUCAUCACUUACCCCGUGUAAAUCAUACUCAUGCUACAAAAGCUCUGCAUGAUCCCUGCAACUAGCUUUUAUUUUUACUUUUCUACCAAUGCCUUGUUGAGCCUGAACUCAACGUCGAAGCAUUUUUAUAAUGGGAAAAAGACAUUUAGGGUCGAAUUUACCCUUUCAUCCAGCAAAGACAACGUAUGUAAUGUCUGUGUUUCGCCUUUCCUGCAUUAAAGGGACAGUGCACAGUGUAGGAGCGCAGUUGCUAGAUAGUGGAACAAUUAUCACCUUUCAUGUGUCUUUUUUUUUUUUCUUUCGAAAAGGGUGCAGGUUUAAAUUUUGACAGUUUUAUAUGGUGCACUGUGAAAUGACAUUUCAUCCGUUUUGUUAAGAUAAAGGAAGCCAUGGUGUCAUAUUACUAUGCAGUAUCUAUAAAGCUGUUUCUUUAAAAUGGCGACACAGAUUAGUGUGCUGUAUUGUAGGUUUUUAUUUUAGUAUUUGGCCAUACCCUAGAAUUCCAUUUUUGGGAAGAUUCCUUUGUUCACCUGAACAUAUUUUUAUUUUCAUUUAAAAUCAUUCACUUUAAGGGCACCUAGUGGCUUUUUCCAAAGCCUCUGGGGAAGAUUCUGUUGGGUUUUGGUUGAGAUUUAAAUAAUGCAUCAGAAUGCGCUCUUCAGACUGUUCAGAAAUGUGUGUGCUGAAUUUCAUCACUUUGUAUUGCAAGCAUUUUAAUUCAGGGCAUGAUUAAAUGGCCGUGUUUUGUAUAAAACAUCGCAUCCAUGAGUAGAUACUUAUAUUGUGGCCCAGUUAGAGAGAGCACAUUUCAUUUCCACUUUCCUCAUGCAAGGUAAAACAGAUUUCCCUUUGGAGAAUCCAGACAUGGUAACUGAUCAGUGGGCUGCUCCUGGACUGAAUAUUUUCUCACCUUACAAAAUACACUAGCUUCAGUAAUAGCUCCAUUUUAUUUAAAAAAACAUUCAGUCUAAUUAUUUACAAAUGUAUUUCAUACUUGGUAUUACUUUUACAUCUCUAGAGUACAACUAUUUAAACAAAUGUUGGGUUUUCAUACUUACCAUUGACCGUUAGUAUGUGCUGCUUUGCCUUUAAUGUAACUUGGGUUUGAAAAUAAAGGUCUCGACCCUGUACUGGGUAUGCAUCCGGAAGAUGGAUGGAUGUGUGAAAUAAAAGCAAAACAAACCCUUCUGAUGAACAGUUGGCAUUGACAGUUGUUCUUGUGCCAAACAGGUCCAUUUGGUGCCUUUAUGUUGCUUACAUUUUCUCCAAUAUUUCAAAAUGAUCUGUAGAAUAACUUGGAUUGAGUUCUACUUUAAAUUGCUUCCAGUGUUUUUAGAUAUUUUUUUUUUAUCUAGUUCCUGAAAUGCUUCUUUGCAUAUUGACUUAGCUUUUUGGUUCCUGAAAUACUUCCUUCUUAUACAGAGUAUGGUAUUUUCCCAUGCUUGCUUCAGGGUUUUGACUUGACACUGGACAAAGGCAACAAUACCAAAACAAAUGAUGUGGAUUUGAGGUUGUGUUCUGGAGAACCGGAAGAUGCACUUUCUAUAAAGACACGGUAACUUCCCCCUGUGACAUUUUCCAAUUUCUGUAUGUGUAACUUGAAUUUAAAUGUUUGAGACUGGCAAUUUUCAUACAUAAUUGUUUUUUGUAAAAAUGACAUCAUUUUCCCCCGCCAGAGUGGUCUUGUGAACAAUGCUGAUUAAACAUUUGAAAUCUGUACAGUCAA